AUGAAGGUAAUUGAGAAGAAAAUGUGGUACAUCGGGGAAUGCAUGUUCCUGGUUGCCCAAUGGGACGCUUCAGGUGGCACUAACCUAGAUAUUGAUGCCAUUCCUAUUUGGGCCCAUCUCAAGGGCAUGCCUUUUGACCUGAUGCACCAUAAAGGAAUAAGCUUAGUGGCUAGUCUUGUUGGAGAACCAAAGGAAAUGGAUGAAUUUACUCGAAAUAUGGUUAGUUUAUCUGAGGCUCAUGUCAAAGUGGAACAAAACCUUAAUACUCCACUUCCUUCUUCUGCAGAAGUGGUCCGUGAAAGUGGAGAAGUCCUCACUGUAGCGGUGGAGUACCCAUGGAUUCUUCCAAUAUGCUCUCACUGCAAGGAGAUAGGUCAUGUUAUCAGAUAUUGUCCUGGUCUAACCCUUUCUUGGUUCCAAGCAAAAAUGUCAUCAGUAGAAUCUAAGCAGAAAGGCAAAUAG